AUGCAACAAAUUUUUCAGUGCGCAGAAUUGUCGAUGCCAACCUGGUUCCAGGAACGACGACACACCGAGAUGAUAAUGGGUCUGAAGGAGGAAAUGCCGGACAGGCAUCUCUGGCGUAAUAUAUCAAAGGAACGAAUGAAGACGGUCUCGGUGGCCCUUGUUCUGUGUCUUAACAUUGGCGUUGAUCCGCCCGAUGUGCAACGACCGAAUCCAUGUGCCCGCACCGAGUGCUGGGUUGACCCGGUUGGUUUGAAUCCACAAAAAGCAAUGGCGAAAAUUUCGCUGGCCCUGCAAAAAGGUUACGAACGAUGGCAGCCAAGAGCAAGAUAUAAAGCGGCCAGUGACCCAACAAUAGAAGAUGUCCGACGAUUAUGCCAAAGUUUGCGACGUAACGCUAAGGACGAUCGCAUCUUGUUCCACUAUAAUGGCCACGGCGUACCGAAGCCUACUGCAAGCGGCGAAAUAUGGGUGUUCAACAAAAACUACACACAAGUAUCUUAUGUGUUUUUUGCAUCUAUGCAAUGCAGAAACGCGUACUGUAGAGAGGUUGUCUGUAUGCGCCCGUUUGUUUGCAUGUAUCUGUCCGCGUAUAUUUGAAC